UAUGUUAGAAAAAUAUAAUAUUAGUUCUAGAUAUGCUACUGAAAAAUACAUGAAAUACCUAUCUAUCUGAAAAUAAUAAUAAAAAAAAGUUUUUUUUUUUUUAUCUUCAUUUGGUGAAAUAUUGAGUUACCUAUACAUUGUUGUGAAUCACACAAAUGCAAGUCUCGUUUUAAAGCAUUUUUUUUUUGUUUUGGUUCAUUUGCAAAACAAUUUUUUUUUCAAGUAAGAGGGAUACACCUUAACUAGAAUAACUUGUAACUUAUACAAGUAACCAACAACAGACAGAACGAUAGAAAAAAACAGAAGAAAAUUUUAAUUAUAACAUAAAAUAAUUAUAAUUACAUAUCAAUUAUGGAACCUUAUUGGGAAGCCAAUAGAAAGACUCCACAUUCAAUGAAAUAUGAAAGUGAAGCAGCAGUAUCCAGUUUUCCUUAUUGCCGUGAAUCUAGUUUAAAUUUUUCAACAUCAGCGACAGCGUACAGUGAGGACGAUGCAGAGUACGGAAUCGGAAGACGAAACAAAACGUCGAGGCAAGACCCACUUUCACAUAGAAUAAUUGAAAAGAGACGACGCGAUAGAAUGAAUUCUUGUCUAGCUGAUUUAUCUCGACUUAUUCCACCACAAUAUCAGCGAAAAGGUCGUGGCCGAAUAGAAAAGACAGAAAUUAUUGAAAUGGCAAUCCGUCAUUUGAAGCACUUACAAAGUGAAUGCGAACAAAAGGAGAACGAGUAUCGUUUGGGAUAUACGGAUUGUAUGAAAGAAGCUGCAAAAUUUUUAUGUGAUAGCCAAAUGCAGGAAUUUUGCUACCGUAUGCUAACACGUCUGCAAGAGCAUUGUGACGAAACCCUUCUGAAAAAUAACUAUUCAAAAGGACGUUGCCAUCCAGAUAAUAUUAGCGCGACUAGUGAUAGUCCACACAAUGGAUGCCAUCCCACCCAUUUGUCUCAACUACGUGAUAUUUUAGCAUCUGACGUGGAGCAUAGCAGUAGCAUAGACCACAACGACAUCAAAGAUCUAAGUUUUCGCUGUUCUCAUUCCCACCAAACUCCUUUGAUAACAUCAACAGCACCGCCAUCACUUCAUCACGAUUCCAGCAAUCAUGAUUUCGAAUGGUCUCGAGAGCCACUUAUACAUAGUGAAACAGCAAAUAUGCACUCGCCGCCCCCAAACCCAAACAACUCUGAUGACAACUUACUGAUACAAGCGGCUCGUAUGCGCAAUUUUUCGGAAUCAUCCCACGAUAUAGAGCAUAACAACAACUACAAGUACAAAAACCACAUUAAAGAGCGAUUCAACCAGGAUCAUCUGCACGAUGAAACAUCAAGUGAACACUGUACUCCUACGCAUAUCCAAAGUGAUUUAUCAGACCACUCGAAAGAUGAUAUUGAGAUUGAAAGUUCGAUGGAUAAAAAACGUAAAACUGAAAAUGGUGAAGUUAUACGUGUGCCAGCAGCCACAACAGCACCUAGCGAAAUAAAGGAGCUUUCAUUCAGUAACAUUAAAUCUGAACUGAGCAACAAUAGUACAACACUUAUCGUAACUGCAAAACAUCCAUUAAUUCCUUCAACUCCCUUACCCAGUCGACCCUUUACUGUUCCUAUAUUUGCUCUACACGGUCAAGGUACCUACUACGUUCCACUGAACAUAGAUUACAAUAGUCUGCGUCCAUGUCUUAAUGGAAUUGAUCUACUAGAGAAGAGUUGUGUACCAAUGCCAGCCCUUCAUCCAAUCAAUAUAAAUGUUGACUUUGCACCCGCAAGGCACCAAAUUAAUAAAACUAAAAUUGAAGCAAACGGAAAUGGGUGGUAGAGGAGAAGACUCGUGCUAAUAACACGGCAUUAAAUACCUCAGGUUACUUCCUAAAAGAAAACAUCCACUUAUGAACUAAAAUUAAAAAAAAGAAAAAAAUAAUUAUAUUUGCUAGAUUUUUUAGUGAACUGAAUAGUUAACAAAUUAUUAUUUAUAAUGUAUCAAAUUCAACACAAACAUUUGAAAUGAUUUAAAAAAAAAAAAACUGUUUAUAAACUAAGCUUUUUUAACAGUCAUUAUUAUUCAGUUUUAAGAUCAUACAGUCCUAAUUUUUUAAAUUCGAAAAUUUAAAUCUUCUUAUCGUAAAUGAUAUCAAAAAUUGUUUCUGAAUCUCAGUACCUACUCCCGUUUCCCCAAUUCGGAAUUUCCCAUACAUUUGUUUUUGUAUGUAUGUAUAUUUGUAUGUAUAUUUCAUUCGUGUAAUGUGUGAGAAUAAACAUUAUAUGUUGUAUACCUUGUAAAAACCAGCUGUAUCUCAAAAUAUCAGCUGGAAUUAAAACCAUAUAAAUUCGUGGAUAGUCUUUUAAAGUACGUUUUUUAUAAUAACUAAAGGUCCAGCUAUAAUAUUCACUAGCGGACAAGGCAGAAUUACAUUAUUGAAGGAAGCAGUCGAAAGCUUAGGUCAAAAUCCUUCGUCAAGUUUCUUUCCGAAAAGUGAAAAGCAUAAGUUACCUUAUAAAAUAAACGAAACGGAUGCAAAUCUAUUCUGUCUUGACACUUUGAUAAAUUUUCUUCAGUCAAGUGCGAUUGCGAGCGCUGCUCCCUUCCGUUUCAGCUGAAACAACUGAACGAUAAAGUCCUAUCCGUCAAUUACAGUCCAUUCAGUUAAAUCCUGUAUAUUCGCUACCGCAACAUUCAGCCAAUUAAAGUUCUGCCGUUGUAAAAAUGGCAUAUGCGAGUAAACGAACGCACACAAGUUUGAUGGGACCAGCCGUAAUGCGCAUAUGCGUGAUUGGAAAACUUUCGUUAAGAAUAUGACGUGCGCUCUGAUCUGUAUAGCAUGUGUAAAUUUCACAACAAUACCCGAGCACAUUUCUGUUAUACUUCUACUCCCUAUUAUCCUUGCUAUUUGUUCUUACACAUUAUGUCGUUUCACAUUACAUAUGUCGAAUUGUGAUGAUCAAUUCGCUUGAUCAGUGAACAGAGUAAAGGUACGGCCACACCAGAAAGGUUAACGUUAACGUAGAGGUACAGGUACAGUACAACGGUAAGUAAUCCUGUAGUGGUAAAUAAAAGUACACAAACUGUACUAAUAACCAUGCCACUACCGUUAACCUUCCUACUUUUCGAGUUUCUUAAAUGUGGACAUGUGUUCAAAAGUGCUUUUCAACUUUUGUUGCCACGAACGCAAAGAAUGUAAAGAUUAAGAAAGAAAUAUUACGAUUGGUGAGAAUUUAUAGUGAAAAGUUAUGCCAUGGUUUUAAAUUCUAAAUUCUUGACGUAAGAAGUUAGGUGACAUUUGGUAACGUUUUUUGACAUUUAGUUACGAUUUUCAGAUGGAAAUUUUCAAUUCAGAUGGUAAUGUUUGUGUUAGUGAAAAUAGAAAAGAUAGUAAAUGUGCUACACAAAAAAUUGAUAUUUUGUUAGAACGAUAUAAUACUUUAAUUAAUAAAAAAAAAAUGGACUGCAUUUAUUUAGUGUCUGCCUCCUCUUGUUUUUGUUAAUAAAUGGAAUAUUGAAAA